AGUUCCAUUGAUAGCAUUUGAACUUUUGCGUUACAUGUUUGUCAAUUGGAUUUCGCUUAGUUCUUUUGACCCGAACUAGAUCAUGUACAGUUAUUUUAUGAAGAAAAUUAGAAGAAACUACAGAAGCAAAGCUGGUGAUUCAGAUGAAGAACAAGGUCAAGAACCGGAGAGUUUAUACGAUGCAGCCAUGAAAGAAAUGAGUUCACAAUGUAAACCAGAGAACUCGUCAAUUAAAAAAAACAAAAGUGUUUUAAGCUUUGAAGAUGAUCUUGACCCAGACGAUGGAGAUACUUUCAAAGUUAAAAAAUCUUCUAUGAGUCGUAAGGUUUCCAGGCAUACAAAAGAGAGUAAAAAGAAAAAAACACAAGAAAAUGAUGGAGUGAGGAUAGUUGGCAAUUGCCGCGAGAAUUUAGUUUCAUAUGAUGAAAGCUCUCCCGACCCAGAAGAAAGUCUUGAGAACCUAAGAAAAGAGCUACUAGAUUUAACUGAGGAAGAAACAACUGCUGAAAUAACCCCGUCUGUGAAACCUGAACCCACUAAUGUGACUUCCUUGAUAAAACAAGGUUUGAUUCCCGACGCUGCAACCAUCCAUUUGGCCCGCAAGCAGCGUGAAAAAGCGAAGAGCCUUUUUGAGUCAUCCGAUCAUUCUCCCACACACUAUUCGUCUAGUAAAGAUGACGGUAGGCGCCUAGUCAGGGAAGACGAUGAUGUGAGUGAAGAUGAGGAUGCAGAUGACGACGUGACAGUGUCAUAUUCGAAAUCUGCGACGGAGACCAGACCGGUCUUUGUAGUCAGUAAAGAACGUGAAACUGUCAGCAAACGCUCAGUUAUCGGUGUCCGUCUGAACCGUCGUGAAGAAGAACUGAAGUGUAUCAGAGAAGACUUUAUGGCAGCUGAGCAUGCUAGUGAUCGAGAUAGUGAUCAAGAGACUGAAUGGGAACGUCAACAACUUCAAAAGGCUAUGAUUAAUCAGAAUCCUGCCGUUUUAGAAGCCAUUCAACCAAUUCUUUCAUCUGGAGAUUCUAACAAUGGAGCGAUAUCCAAAGCUGGCACUCUGCUUGCUGGAAUAGAUGUUACUAAUAUAACUUUGUCAAAAUUAAAAUUAAAUCUGGAACAGAAGUAUAACAAACUAAAUGGAUCACUAAACGAGCAUAAAACAACAUUGGAAGAUUCAAAAAGAGAUUUAGAACGAGGAAAAUUAAUCAUUGAUGAUGCUCGUGGAAAACUGCCUAGCCUUGCAAAACGCUUUGUGUUCUAUCAGCAAAUGAAGGAGUAUAUAGAUGACUUAAUAUCUUGUUUCAAUGAAAAGAUGCCGAAAAUAGAAUACAUGGAAAAACGGUGUAUUAUAAUAUUUCGAGAACGCUAUGAUAAACUUGUUGAACGUCGUCGCAUGGAUAUGAAAGAUUCGGCUACCGCAGUAUCUCAACCUAACACGUCUAGUUCAAAUAAUUCGAAAACACCAGAGGAGGUAAAGAAUUUUGAAGCUAGACGCAGAAGAUGUGCUGAACGCGAAUCUCGACGAAUGCGACGUCAACGUGCUCGUGAACUUCAAAAUCCUGGUGUUUUACAGGUUCAUAUAGAUGGGACCAGUACGGAUGAGGAAGAAUCACAAGCUGUGAUUGCUAAACGUGAAGCUGACAUUGAUGCUUUAUUAGUCGAUGCCAAUGCCUUAUUCGAGGAUGUUGUCGAGGAAUUUUACGAGUUGCCAUUAAUUCUUGAAAGAUUUAAAGAAUGGCGUGUUAUAUCACCUGAAUCAUAUAAACAAGCCUAUGUAUCAUUGUGCUUGCCUCAGUUGUUCAGUCCUAUAAUACGUAUUCAGUUGAUUGGUUGGAAUCCUUUGAUAAAUGAUUCUAAUCCUAUUGAGGAAAUGAAGUGGUUUCAAGAUUUAUUAGAUUUUUGUAGUCUUCCAGAAGGUGACAGUAAUGAUCUGAAGCCAAAAACUGGCAAUGAUUAUUGUGAUGAUACUAAGAAUAGUAGGAACGAGGAGAACUCUGACAAUUUUGAUGAUGAUCUUCGAGUUAUACCGAAAUCGGUGGAAAAAGUAGUUUUACAACUAUUGAACGAAUUGAUUUAUGCUUCAUGGGAUCCAUUAUCUGAAAAGCAGUCAUCACGUCUUGUUAAUUUAAUGCAAGACCUUAGUUCAACUUAUCCAACUGUACGUAUCGGCAGUCGACCGACAGAGAAGUUAUUCACAUCCAUUGUUAAGCGUAUCGAAAACACAAUACAAGAAGAUAUUUUUAUACCACUCUAUCCCAAAAGUUUGAUGCAACAACGUCAAGGUGCUGCUUUCCUCUUUUUUGAACGUCAGUUUAACAUGGGACUAAAGGUAAUUCUUCUAUCUUUUUUAAUUUCUUUUUGGAUAUAACUAUUACAUUUAUCUAUCUAUUUACUGGAACAUUUUCUCGGUUUGAUGAAAUUGUUUCUCCUGUUCAGAUACUCAAAGUCUUAAUUUAUUCAUGAUGUAAACAAAAAAACCGAAAACAUAUUUAACAAAAAAAAUCACUAUUUUCAAAUUCUGUCAGUGUAUUCCAUUUAUCGCUGUUAAGGCGAUCUGUCCAGAAUGGUAUAAGAGCUAGGUAUUUCCCUCUUAUCACAUUUAUGGAAGUUGACUUGUUCACACUACAAAAAUCAGUCAUCCAUUGUCUUAGAAACUAAGAAAGAAUUAUGUAAGAAGUGGGUUUCUUAGCUAAAUAAGUCCCAAAACUUAGUAUUAACAUUUCGAAUUCGAGGAUUUUGUAGCCAGUAAAUCUACUUUGUAGUGUUGUUUAAUGAAUAUCAAACUGACAUCACAGAGUUCUCGUAUUAAAUAUUUUAGUUAUACGCAGGGCAGUUAGAAAGUCAUUGUUGGAAAUUAAGUGUUGUUGUAUUCUUCAGUGUUUGAAUUGUGGCUAAGUAACAGCAGGUUUAUUUUUCUCUUUACACUGUUGUUUUGCCUAUGUAGAUUCAAUGUUGAUUUUGUCCUUUUUACAGUAUCCACUGGUAUGACCACUGAAAACUAAAUUUAAUUGGUUGACUAGUUGCGGUGUAGGACCCAUCUUAACUAUCCAUCGUUGACUCUGACUUAAAUAAAAAUGUUUAUCAGGGUAAUAGGCCACUAUGUUAAUUCGGUCACUUGUUUGGAAUCUAAUAAUCAUGGUUUUCAACUUCUUCUGAUGUUCAAUGUAGCUACACUGUUGUCCAAUGUCAUCGAUGGUUUUCUCUUUACCUAACCUGAACUCUGGAAAAUGUAUCUCUUAUUCUCUCUUAUUCAGGAAUGAGAAGAUGACUAGAAUUCACUCGUUCAGCAGUUAUUGGGGAUCGGAUUGACCAAAGUCCCUUACAAUCGUAAAUCUAAGUCAUGAGUGAAUAAUUCACAGUUCGAAAACAGGACAAAAUAGUUGCUUACUGCAUUUAUUGUUCAUCCCAAGACGCUCACUCCCACUUUACAUUUAUUACUGAAAACAAAAGGAAGGAGCGUAUUACAUUCUGAUAAAUUGUUAUAUUAUUCGAUUGUUGCUAGAAGUAUUUUCACCACAUUGGUUUGAAGCGAAGUCUACGGCUUACAGUUAUCAAAUGCUUUGCGGUUAAUACUUUUGAAAAAUAUUCUUCUUUGGUCAAAUCUGUUAAGUGUGGAAACAAUGAAACACAUUAGCCUUACUUGUCUGGUUAAUCGUUACCUGUUAGUUGGACUUGCCUGCUUACUCUCUGUAGCUACCCCUACGUCAAAUGAAGAAAAGAGUAGCUUGACUAGCACACCAUUCACUAUGGGAACAGGUACUGAUCAAUCGGGUUCAUUAGCUUUCUGUGAUGCUGUACAAAAAUUACAGAAUAUUGUUGAAUUGUUACCCCGUGAUUGGCUGAAGUCGUCUGUUAAAAUUAAACAGGAAAAUCAGUCAUCGGAGGGAACCACAUCAACUCCAGAUCCACUUGGUCAGAUUAAGAGAAUUUUGUCACAAUUAUUGGAGUGUGUUCCAUCCGGUCGAAUGUAUGCUGAUAUUUCUGGUCAAUUGGGUGUUCAAGCAGAUGAACGGGAUUGUAUUAGAACACUGCAUCGUAUUCGUGAUUUAUUAAAGGAUUGAUUUCUUUAAAACUUCUUUAUUUAUGUUUAUUGUGUACAUACUGAUUUAUUUUACAGAAAAUACAUGAAAUUGUGAUCUCCUGGAAAUUUUCUCUCUCAUUUCAGUGAUUAGAGUAAUGACAGUGCGUUUGAAGGAAAAUUUCGCUUUUCAGUGGAUUCAUAUUAACGGCAUACUGCUUAAUACCUAUAAUACUGUCAUGUAAUUCGAUUAUUAGGCCUAAGUUUUAUUAAGACUUGGAUUUUUUUUUUGAACUAUUUCCAUUUGUUUGAUUGUGACUAACUUCACUAGUCAUUGUUUCUAAUCGUAUCCAAACUACAAGAUGUGUUCAUGUUAGGCGUCGCCUCAAAUCCGCGUUGUGUUUGAGUUAUGAAUGAAAUGUGUGUAGGAAUUUGUACUGUUUUGUAACUGAAUUAAAAAGUGUCACACCAGAUCACACAAUAACAAGAUGGAUUGUAACAGCAGUAGUAGUGUUGUAUUAUCAUAACAAUCAAAGUUCAGGCAUCUCGUCAAACAGACAUUAAUCGUAUUUCAUACAUUUAUUCGCUCUUAUGAAUUUGGACAAAGCAAGAACAAUAGUUUGUGCAGAACAAGAUGUUACCAUCAC